AUGGAAUUUUCAGCGGUCAUUACAGCAGAAGGGUUUAGAGUUUUCUCGGGUGCACUACAGGUGUUAGCAGCUCUAGGCGAAGUAGUUACGCUAGAGAUACACAAUGGACAGUUUGUGAUGAGCACGCUAAAUAGCUCUAGAACUGGCCAAGGUGUUGUACAUCUUUCUCGAAGUUUUUUCAAGAACUACGCUUUGCUUAGAAGAGGUUCACCAGACACCAUUUUACGAUGCAAUGUAUCCAACAAAAACUUUUACAACAUUAUUAAAAAGAACAUGGGAGGCUAUAAAUCUAUCAAAGAAUGCCAACUCAGUGUUACGCAGGGCAACAUCCAUGCUGCACAUCAUACAGAGUCGAGGAUUUACAUGAGAAUUCUCUACAAAAAUGGAGUGACCAAGAAGAACACGCUUUGGUACUCGAAUGGGGAUCCUGUUGUGAUGUUCUGCAAGAACCAAUAUGAAAAUCGAAUAAUCUGCCAGCCACAAUUGAUCAAAGAUUUCCUUGUACGAUUCGAUCACAAAACGCAGGAUAUUGAAUUUACUUGCACUGAUCAGGGCCUGGUCCUGAUGACCCAUCCAGAGAACAGGACGGUAUCCACAGGAGAUCCACCCGUCAAAUCCAUGUUUCUUAUAUACAAAGCAGAUUUCGACACCUUUGACAUCAAGAAGAAAGCCAAACUUGUUAUCAAUCUAAAAGAAUUCAAAUCAUUUGUGGAUUACAUUGAAUAUCUGGGCGGUGCAUUAGAGCUGCAGUAUGAAGCUGCUGGAAUGCCACUCUUGAACAGAUAUACGUCAGAAAACAAAGUGGUGUCUUACAUGGCGCUGCAGACAGUACCACCUCAUGUGUAUGACACUCAGGAUGAAACUGAAGUGAGUUUCGUGGAUACCAGCGAACUUGAUUACACACCUACUCCACAUUCCAUACGGACAACACCGGCGCCAUCAACAAGGCCCUCAUCUACAUCUACAUCAGCUCAUCAGCACCAAACACCACUGCGCACACAACAAAGUUCAACGCCACAGCAAAGCCAUUACCAUCAACGCUCAACCCUACAACCACCCGCAUCUAGCAACACACAUACUCAUCACAUACACAACAGUUCUGCUUCAACAAACAGUCUCCCAUCAACAGUUCCUAUUGUAUCAGAGGAGGAGGGAUACGACGAUGAAGAGCCAUUGUUUACAGGAAGGUUGAUCCAGAGACGGGCGACACACAUUCAGGAUACAGAAAGCCUUCCUGAUAAUAUCGUCUUGAUUAGCAGUAGUAGUACCAGUCGAGGAUCGCUUGAUAAGAGUCAGAGGCUUGCGACAUUAGAGCAGCUCAGGGAACAGAGAUCUCAGCGACAAGAACGAAAUUCCUAA